AUGCAGAGAGAUCAUGCCAUCGACAACAACAACCGGCAAGGAGAUGUGGUGAGCGCUUUGUUAAGGCAUAUCAACAGAGAACCGCAAAGCAACGAGCCUGCCAAUCAUAGAAGAUGGACGAAAGCGGUACACAAUUGGGCAUGCACGUUUCGCGGCGAGAAGGAUACAACAUCGCUGAACAUCUUCCUCGACCAAGUUGAAAUGUUUGCAGCUUCGGAGGACUUGAGCGAGGACGCUCUUAUGGCAUCCAUUAAGCACCUAUUGAGGGACGAUGCUCUCAAAUGGUACAUCACAGCUAUGGCUCAAGGGAUGUUAACUUCAUGGGAGGCGUUCAAGAACGAGAUACGUCGAGAAUUCCUACCCAAAGAAUACGCCCACAUUCUUCGAUUGGAAGCUAGCUUCCGAUUGCAGGGUCAAAACGAAUCCUUCUCAAAGUAUUAUCGCGAGAUAACUACGUUAUUUAGAUUCGUGAGUCCACCGCUGAACGAAGGAGAAAAAUUCUUUAUUGUGAAGAAAAACAUGAGUGCAGCGUAUGCGACAGUGGUUGCCGCAGCCAGACCGACAACUCUGGAAGAUUUAGCAGAUGUUUGUGAAAGCUACGAUGAAACCAGAGCACUCCUCAGCAGACAGCGUAGCAUGUCAAUAGCUCCAACAACUUUGCUCGAACCAAGCUUUGCUACACCAGCUCCUGUGCAAAGACCGCAUUCCAAUAACCAACCUCCAAGGUUCAACAGAGUCAGCGUUGUGGAAGGAAACACCGUUCGAAACGAGGCAGCUACUCAAGCAGCGGCAAACGAAUCGCCUGAACAAACCGAGGAAGAAGCAUUAUUCAAAAUGGAGAAAUUGAUGGAGGAGGUGAACGCUAUAAAAGCGCGAUUUAAUAAAGACGAUAGCAGACCUACAAUCACGCAACAAAAGCAAACAUCAGCAGGUUCAUGGGGAUCCCAUCAGCCGGUCGGAAGUUAUUCUCAAGCACUGAGGCAAGAACAGCAGCAGCCUCCGAGAACAUUCAUGCAAACGACGCUGACAAGGCAGCAGCAGCCCUCGCUUUACGUGCACCAAAGAGAGUAUCAACAACCACAGCAACAAUAUCAACAACCACAGCAACAAUAUCAACAACCACAGCAACAAUAUCAACAACCACAACAACAAUAUCAACAGCGACGGGAGUAUCAACAACCGCAGCAACAAGAUCAACAGCAUCAAGGGUAUCAACAACCUCACCAGCAAAGUUUUUAUUCCCAAAACUGGUAUGGACAACAAGAAACUACGGGACAACAACUACCAUCGCAACCGUACAAUCAACCGCAAAUAGCGCAAAGCGCUACAGUUGGACAGCAGAGAUAUCUAACAGUAGCAGGAGGACCAAUUUAUAGGCAACCAAACCGAAUUUGUUGGAAUUGCGAUGAGGAAGGCCACAGAUUCAUGAACUGCCCACUGCCUCAGGCGAUAUUAUUCUGCUACCGUUGUGGGCGCAAAGGUUACUCAUUAAGAAGCUGCUUCACCUGCCGAACAGACGCGGAAAACCCUCAGGCGGGGAAUCAGCAAUAGAGGGAAAUGGUUCUUCGCUUACAUUCGACGACCCCUCAAAUAUUCCUGAGUUUGCACAGAUAGAUUCGCUCAUUAUCAAUCCCGGAGGAGACAACAGACCACAUGCCGUAAUUAGCGUGUUGGGCAAAAAAUUCACGGCGUUACUCGAC